AUGAUAACAAUUUUAACAGCAACUUUAAAUUUCAUUAUUAUACAAUUGAUAAAAAACAUAUUGAAAACGAUUUNAGCCGCAACGACAGUAGUCAGUGGUGAUUAUGGUACGGGAUGGAAUCAGUUUCAUGGCAUGGAUGCUAUGAGCGUUGAUGCGAAUGGUAGCAUUUAUAUUGUUGAUAGUUACAAUAAUCGUGUCAUGCGAUGGUCACCUGGCGCUACCAACGGAACACUUGUCGCUGGAGGUUACGGGAGUGGACGUAAUGCUAAUCAGUUAAAUCGACCGUCUGGUCUGUUUAUGACACACAAUUCAUCAAGCAUUUGGAUAGCCGAUACGAUAAAUAGUCGUAUUGUACGGUGGGAUUCUUCAGCGACAGGCACUGUUGUUUGUGGAAGUUAUGGAUCAGGUGCAAGUCAGUUCUAUUAUCCACUGGAUUUGUUCAUUGACACAAGUGAUUCGAAUACAUUGUAUGUUGCUGACACAUAUAACCAUCGAAUUCAAAGAUGGCUGUCGGGUGCAACCAGUGGCACAACUGUGGCAGGACAAACAGGCACUUGCAAUAAUGGAUACAAUCAAUUAUGCUAUCCAGGAGCAGUUGUUGGAAAUGGGAAUGGUUACAUAUACAUUGCGGACACUUCCAACGAUCGCAUUAUGAGCUGGGUGGUAGGAGCGACAUAUGGCACUGUUAUCGCUGGUGGCUCAGCAACUGGAGUUUUGCCAAAUCAAUUCUUUCGUCCGAGAAAUCUUCAAUUGGACGCAAGCGGAGCCUUAAUCGUUGCCGAUAUGUUUAACAAUCGUGUGCAGAAAUAUUCUCCUAUUUGUGCAUCGUGCACGACCCCUGCAUCAACAGCGUCUACGAAUCAAUCAGUAACAGGUCCAUCGUCAUCAUCAGUUAUUACUCUUGCAACAUCAACUACAAGUGCAGGUUCAUUCAUGGCAUCUGCUAGUUUUGCUAUUACAACUUCGACACUGAGAAUGACAACCAGAACAGAAGCGGAUGGAGGCAUUUCUCUUGCUAAUCGACACUCGUUUGCACGGAUCUUCAUUCUGGUCUAUCCCAUUAUUUGCGUCAUCGGUAACUAG